AUGGAACCGGCGACAAACAACGGAUCCAGAUCCGGAUCCGGCUCGGGGCCUAUCGCCGGCGACACCCGUGAUUGGUCCCGCUUGCCGGAGGACCUGCUGGUCAGCGUUCUGCGGGCGCUGCACGUCGCCGAUGCCGUCCGCUCCGGCGCCGUCUGCACCUCCUGGAACGCGGCGUACGCGGCCUUCCGCCGGUUCCGCGUCCCGUCGCCGAAGCAGCCCCCUUGCCUGCUCUACGCUUCCGAAGCCCUCGUCCCCGGCGCCGCCGCGCUCCACUGCCCGGUCACCGGCGCCACGCUGCGGAUCCCCUUCCCGCCGGCCCCGCUCGCCCGCCGGCCCCUGCUGGGCUCCGGCCACGGCUGGCUGGUCACCGCCGACGAGGCCUCCGACCUGCACCUUCUCAACCCCGUCACCGGCGCCCAGGUCGCGCUCCCGCCCAUCACCGCGAUUCACCACGUGCGCAGCGGUACGGACGAGCAAGGCUACCCCGCGUACCUCGUCUACGAGAACCUGCCGGAGUAUAACUACAGCACGCACCGGUUUGAGGUGGACACGGAGCCGACUAUCCUGGAGCCGGUGGACAGGUCGCACGAGUGGAUGUACUACCGCGUCGUGCUCUCGGCCAGCCCGUCCGCGGGGCGCGCCUGCGUCGUGCUGCUCCUGCACAUGCCGCAGGGCGAGGUCUCCUUCGCCAGGCUCGGUGACGACCGGUGGACCUGGGUCGCACCGGGAGACGACACGGGUCUCCCGUCGAGGUACGGCUACCGUGACGCCAUGUACAGUGCCACCGAUGGCUUGUUCUACCUGCUCCGAUUAGAUGCCUCCAUGUGCAGCUUGGACCUUAACGGACCUUCGCCGGUGGCACGAAAGAUCCUCGACAACUUGCCAAAAUCUGUCGACCCGACCAAAUACCUGGUUCAGACACCGGCCGGUGACAUCUUGCAAGUUUGGAGGUCCAGGGACUACGUUGACUCGCAGAUACCGGCGGAGUUUCCACCAGACUAUGUGGACGACAGCAUAGGGGGUCGGGACCCGUGUUUGGAGCUCAACACGUUUGAGAUGCAGCUGUACAAGGUUGACCUCCAUGGACACAAGGUAGAGCUGAUCAAGAGCCUGCCGGAGUUUGCAUUGUUCCUAGGCUGCAGUGGCUCUCUGUGCCUACCGGUAAAGGAUUUCCCUGGGUUAAAGGCAAAUUGUGCUUACAUGACUGACGACUUCUUAGAAUACGUGAACUUCUUGAAGCAUAACAGGCGAGAAAUUGGUAUUUGGGAUAUGGCAGAGCAAAGUAUGUCGAAGCUUGUUGAUGUCUCACAUGCUAUUUAUCCUUGGCUGAAUUGGCCAUCUCCUAUCUGGAUUCAACCAUCCCUUCUCUAG